GGAGGAUUUUGGGUGUAAUUAUAAUUAAACAAGCGCCCAUCAUAAUAAAAGACCCAUACACACUACGUCAUUGUAUUACAAUUCAUUUUGUUCAUUACAGAAUGUUCGUUCAGGGCCAAUUGUACGAAAAACUUAGUAAAGCGAUUUCUGAAAAUGAAAUUGAUGAGUUGGGUUUAUUGCCAAUGAUGCCAGAGGCGAAAGAACUGCCAAUGGAAAGUCAAAAAUAUUAUCCUCUCGUCGUAGUAGAGUCAAAACUGGGGAUCUCGAAAUCUGAUCUUGUAGUAUUACUAAAAGAAGCCCACGAAAAAUUUAUCAAUUUACCGAAAGACUCCUAUAAGGACCUCGAGCAGGUGACCAGAAUUAUGAUUCUGUUAAAGCCUGAUAAUUAUACCGCCAUGAACAGAAGAAAAGAGUUGAUAUUAUUAGGCUAUAUCGAUCUUAAACAAGAACUUUCAUUAAUCGAAUUAAUUUUUACUAUCCCCAAACAUUCCAAAAGUUCCGUCGCUUGGUAUCAUCGUCAGUGGAUAUUCACCAAUUUCAAUCAAAUUGAGUUAAGCGUUGACAAUGAACUUAAACUAUGCACAACAGCAUCAACUUCUUACCCAAGAAAUUACUACUCCUGGAAUUACCGGCACUGGAUUUUAUGUACAUAUUGUACACAGGAUCUUCCUUUUAUUGAACAUGAAUAUAAAAGUACCUGUCAUUGGAUUGAGACGCACAUCAGUGAUUAUUCAGGCUUUCAAUACUUGCAGCAUCUUAUGGGUAUGCUGGAAUUUGAUCACAAAAAAACUGAAAUGGAUCAACAUUUGAAUUGGUUAGAUGGAUUGAUUAUCAAAUAUCCAGGGCACGAAUCGUUAUGGUGUCAUAGAAGAUUCUGUUCAAACAUGUUUAUCCAUUCUUCUGAUUAUUGUAACUUACAGCAUGUGUUUAUACUUAAUAUACUUAAUGACACAUUCAAAGACCAAUCAUUAAGUGAUGAUUUAAAUGACAUGGUCAUGCAAAAAGAGUUUGCAUUGAAAUUUGGUCUAUGGCAGAGUUUAUUGGAAAAGAGAGGUCAAUAUAAUACACAUAAUGCAAAGCUAUAUAUAGCUGUUGCUCCUGAUUCAGACUUUUUGGAUCGACAAAAAUAAGGCAUUACGUAUGUCAUAUCAAAUAAUUUGAAAAUGGACUAAUAUUGUUGCGGUGCAAUUUCAAGGAAUAAAUAAACCUUGUUUCUUUCAUUACAAGCG